GCGAGCGAGCCAGCCUGCUAGUUGAAUAUGCUCAGCGCUCCCGUCGCGCUGCGAGGCGCCGUGCGGCGGGUCACGGUCGACCGCGCGGGCUCUGUACUUGCCUCCGAGUUUGAGGGUGGCUCCGUGGAGCUGCACGCUCUGAACGGUUCUCACCGCUGGCACCGGCCGGGCGCCGAAGGCGCAGCCUUCUUGCGGACGGCAGAGCUGGAGGUUGACUACUGCGCGCUCCUGCUGUGGCAGAGCGCUGAACCGGUCGUCGCCUUGUUUGCCACCGGCGCGUGGCUUGAGGGGCCGAGCACUCGGCCGCCGACCGAGGUCGCCCGCCUGCCAGCGCUGAGCGGCGGCGGCGGUCACUGGACCACCGCGGCGCGCGGCGAUCAUCUGCUCUGCGCGGCGGCCGGAAGCGUGGCGGUGAUGCAGGUCCGACCGGCGGCAUGCGAGGGAGGCGUGUCGCUCUGCCACCUGUACACCGUGAGCGGCGCGCCCGCGCUGCCGUUUGCCCUGCUCGGCGUAGCUGACGCGGCGGGCCGGUUGAGUUCGCUCGUGGUCGGCGGCGGCUCCGAGCGCGCGGUGGCAGUCGGCAGCCUGGAGGACGGCGCCGAUGUCGAGUGGAGCACCCUUCCCCUCCCUGGGCCUGACAGAGCGGCAGAGAGGGGCGCCGCGGUGGAGGAUGCGGAGGGGUCGCCCGGUCCCGCCUCCCGUGCGGCCUCGGGCACCGCCUCGGGCGCCGCCUCCGAGCCGCCUUCGGGGCCCGCCUCGGGCCGCGCCACUCCCCCCCAGCCGCGGCGCGGGCGGCGCCGAGCCGCCGAGGCUGUGGGGCCGGCCCCGGACGCCAUCUCGACCCUCUUCCAGGUCGGGCCGCCCGCCGAGGGCGGCGGCUCUCUCGUCGGUGCCUUGGACGGCGGUGGCCGGGCGUGGCUCAUCGGGCUACGCCGUGGCGGCAGCGGCGGCGGCGGCGGCGGCCCUGUGCACUUGCUCGCUCGGCUCGAUGUUGGGUCGUCCCUGGUCGCGGCAGUGGCGUGGAGCAGCCCGCACUACUACCCGGGCGGCAAGGGGGAGAGGCGCGGCGGGGCUGCCGACGCGGGGACAUGCCGACUACUCCUCGGCCUCGACACCAAGCAGACGUUGCGGCUGCACGACGUUGGACCUGCGAGCUUGCAGCUCUUGCGGCAGCUCGGCAAGGCCGGCGACGCCUCGCCGUCGCCAGGCGCAGUCGACGCCGAGGCCGCGGCCACCGCCUCAGCCACCGCCUUGCCACCCGCCGUUGCCCAGGCGCUGCUGCCAUGUGCGCCUCACUCGCUCGCGCUCCUCCCGCCGACUGAGCUCGGCUUCGGCCCUUGCGUCGCACUCGCCGACGAGGCGGGCGUACGCUUCCUUCAGUUGCCGAUGCCGGGAGGCGGAGGCGAGGGCGAGCCGCGCCCGUGAGCAGGCCGGGCGAUGCUCGUGUGAAGCGGCGCGGACCCACACCGUCCCAACCAUUGCGACACAGCCAGAGCGAUUAACGGUACGCAUACAAGAUUUUAACGAGAGG